AUGAAGGCUUCUCUCAUUCUUACGUCCGCAAUUCUGUCCUUCUCGGGCAUUGUCUCGGCAGUUGAACUACAAUGCUGGGGCACGGGAGUCCCAUCAGGAAUCAGGCAAGGCGACCUUGAGUGGGCCCGCAAGAACCGCUCCGCAGAGCUGGGCAUUCCUGGGAACACCAAGUAUAACUUCAGAUACAAGACUUGUAUCGACCCGGACAACAAUGGCCAUCCUGUACUUGUGAUCACCAUACCCAGAGUUACAAAGGACGGUUCAACUAGGUUGGCUUCUGGUACCAUUGAAUGCAGCAGCAGAGGCGGACCCCCUGAUUCCACCUGUUAA